GCAAUGCGUCCCUGGUGAGGACACAGCAGUGUCCACUGGGGCUCCCAGCUCUGUGUCCACAGGUCCUGGCCACGAAGAUGCUGCUGUUCUGGGGACCAUUGUUAUGCUGGGGGCUGCUGCCCCAGGCUCAAGGGGAGGCCCAGCACCCGCUCUGCCUGCGGAUCAGCAUGGAUCAGCUGAAAACAAACAUCUCAGACCUGCUUGCGGAACACCAGGUCCUGGAGCGCAUGAUCAAGGUUCCCCUGACUGGAGAGGGCACUGCCAUCCUGGACCACCUGCCCUACGUGAGAGAAGGCCUCUCCAAGAAGAGCAGCGGGCUGGACCUGUCACUAGUCGGGGACCUGCUCUCAGGGAAGAGCCUUCCAGCGCUGGGCAAGCUGCUCCAGGCAGGCAGGUUGAUCAUAGAAGAUGCCCGAGGGCCUGAGGUCACCCUGAAAAUCCUGAGCGACAGCCUGCUGCAGGUCACACUUCGAAGCAAGCUGUACCUCUCGCUCCAGGGGAUCCUGCGGCUCAAAGUCCUCAAGAACAUCCGUGCUGGGGUUCGGCUGGAACAGAUGGGGAGCAAAACCCAGGUGGUCCCGGAGGAAUGCCAGACCCCACCAGGAUACCUGAGCAUCACAGUUCUGGAGAAGAGGGACACCCUUCCUGCCUACCUGGUGAACAGUGUUCUGGAGUUGGUGACAGGUUUUCUGGAUGGGGUACUGCCCUUCCUCCUACAGAAGAUGGUGUGCCCCCUGGUCUCGACAUUACUCAACUUGCUACUGGAAGACCUAUUACACAUCACGCUGCCCCCGGCCAUCUCGGGCCCAGAAGACUUCCAGUACUACAUCACCACCACGAGAUUCACAGAGGAGGCCAUCGUGAUGGAAGUCCAGCUCGUGACCCGCUGUGGCCCAGGCCAGAAAGCACCAGGGCCUGACUACCUGGACCCCAGUUCCCUCCCCACAUUAGCCCAGGGCAGCAUGGCAGAUUUGGCCUUCUGGCCGGAAACCUACAAUGUCAUCCUGUCCUGCCUCCACAAGAGCAAGGAGAUCCACGUGGAUCCCCAGGAAGCCACGGCUGCUGCCCUCAUUCAGCUGCUGUCACUGAGAGAGCUGGAGUCCAGUUCCAAGCCUUAUAAUCAGUCCAGAGGACAUGUGACACUGACCAUCCGCACCCCAGAUGCCCCCAUGAUCCACCCUGAGAGCAACAUGGCCACAAUCAUCCAGGAAGGCUCCUUGGUGCUGUCAGGGUCCAGCCACACCUUUGUCUCAGUUCCGUGGAAACUCCUUUCAAAAGCUAAGUUUGUCUCAAGAAAUCAGAAAUUAACGCUCCAGUCCACUCCAUACAGCACCAAGAUCAUCCUCGGUCCUAACCCUGCACUCACAAGGCAGGAAACACAUCUAGAGGCCCUUGUCUCAGAGCUUCUGCAGGGCAAGUUUUGUCCUCACUACAAUGAGCUACUCAGAGAACAAGACCUCCCACUGCCCAAUAUCAAAGGCAUCUCUUUCAACAAGGCCCAAAUGGAGUUCUCCAAGGAGUCCAUGCUGCUGACUGUCCCAGAGGAAUAGCUGGUUCUUCCCAAGGCGGCCUCUCCCCUCAGCGACAAGCCUCCAGAUGCUUGAGAGCCCACGCGUGGCCACAGACAUGGUGAAAAACCCACUUUAAUAAAAUAUUUUAAAAAUUGGAAAAAAAAAACACUUUAA